CGGAAUUAUUUUUGGUGGACAACUUCCGUUUCGUGCCAAAAAUGGCUGCCGCCAGCGUUAAACGUGAGCGUUGCAUGGUGGUUUUAAAUAUAUGUGAUAUUUGAAAAGAGAUCCAAGUGUGUCCGUGUUGAUGCAUUUUCAGUUAAAUGAGAAACUGAAUUGAUGUUAUUCGGGUAACAAAAUACUUGAGUUAAAGCGCAAAGGGCGGAUUAGGUGAUUCGUUGUGUUCAGUCUUUACCAUAAAGCUCAAAAUGUCUGUUCCAACUUUAUUUGUUCGAAAUUUGCCGGCGUCUGCCUCUAAUGGAUGCAUGGAAGAAAUAUUUGCCGAAAUAGGACCCGUGAAAAGUUGUUUCGUUGUGAAAGAGAAGGGAACAGACAAAUGCCGGGGGUUUGGAUAUGUUACUUUCUCUAUGGAGGAGGACUCUCAAAGAGCUUUAAAGGAAAUCAAGGAAUACGAUGGACAGAAAAUCUCGGUGUCGGUAGCCAAGAAGAAACUGGAUAACAAGAAAAAAGGAGCGACCAAGGAGUCUGCUCCAAAAGAACAGAAAUCAAAAGGUCUGAAAAAGAACAGAAGGAAAGCGAGGCUGAUCAUAAGAAAUCUCAGUUUCAAGUGUACUGAGGGUGACCUCAAAGAGGUCUUUUCGAAGUAUGGGACAGUGCUGGAAGUGAAAAUUCCCCUAAAGCCAGAUGGGAAAAUGCGUGGAUUUGCAUUCAUCCAGUUUAAAAACAUGCUGGAAGCCGGAAGAGCCCUGAGUGCUACAAAUCUAAAGGAAAUUAAAGGAAGGCAGGUCGCUGUGGACUGGGCAGUUGCGAAGGACAAGUACAUGACUACAGUUAAUGGGCCUGCAGGGUCCAAAAAGAGUGGGGACGAAGCCAAGGAUCCGGAACCGGAGUCUGAAGAGGAAACCGACCCGCCGGCUCUGAGCGCAAUUGGCACUGCAGAGAAGGCUGAUGAUGAAUCAGAGAGCGGGAGUGCCGAAGGUGGUGGUGAUGAGGAGGAGGAGAUGGAUCAAGAAGAAAAGGAAUCAACAUCUGAGGAGGACUCUGAUAACAGUGACCAUGGAUCUGAUGAUGAGGAGGAUGAUGAGGAGGAUGAUGAGGAGGAGGAUGAUGAUGAUGAAUGUCCAGCCGAGAAGAAGCCUCUACCCUCCGACGUCAAUGAAGGGAGAACGGUCUUCAUCAGAAAUCUGUCCUUUGACACAGGAGAGGAAGAGAUUGAAAAAGCUCUGCUUGAGUUUGGAGAGAUGAAGUACAUUCGCAUUGUGCUUCAUCCGGACACUGACCAUUCAAGAGGUUGUGCCUUUGCACAAUUUAAGACCAAAGAGGGGGCGGAGAAAUGCAUCGGCGCAGCGCAGGACAGCUCGGAGAACGGUGGCAUCCGAGUGGAUGGGCGACGGCUGAUCAUCGUGCUGGCGGUCAGCCGUGACGACGCCACCAAACUGAAGGACAAGGCGGCGGUGAAGACGCAGACGGGGACCCGGAACCUGUACCUGGCCAGGGAAGGACUGAUCCGGGCCGGGACAAAAGCCGCUGAGGGCGUCCCUGCCGCAGACAUGGCCAAGAGGGGGAGGUUUGAAGAGCUGAAGCGGAUAAAGCUGCGGGACAUCAACGUCUUUGUGUCAAAGAAACGUCUGUGUGUACACAACCUGCCCAAGUCGGUGGACGUGAGGCAGCUGCGGCAGCUGUGUGCCAAGGCAGCGGGCGGCGGGAAGGACGUACGCGUCACCGAGUGUCGUGUGAUGUACGACAGGAAGCCGCAGGCCGGGAAGGUGGUCGGCCGCUCCCUGGGCUACGCCUUCGUCCAGUUCCAGCAGCACGAACAUGCCCUGGCCGCCCUCCGGCACCUCAACAACAACCCCGAGAUCUUCGGGCCGAACAAGAGGCCCAUUGUGGAGUUCUCUCUUGAAGACAGCAGGAAGCUGAAGCUGAAGGAGAUGCGAGCUCAGCAGAAUAAGCUCCGUGCCAAACAAAACAUGAUGAAGCAGAAAGACCAGCCGCAGCAGCGAGGGAAGCGGCAGGACCAGCCGCAGGAGCGAGGGAAACGGCAGGACCAGCCGCAGCAGCGAGGGAAACUGCAGGACCAGCCGCAGCAGCGAGGGAAACGGCAGGACCAGCCGCAGCAGCAGCAAGGGAAACGGCAGAAUGAGCAGCAUCGCCCCCAUGUGUCAGGUGGUAACGUAGUGGCACCCCUUCAGGUGGCCCGGGACAUCUCAGGCACGCCCAAGAACUACUCAGGCUUCAAGACCACACCUGUAGUGGAGGAGGUGGAGCUUGAGGACGGGAAGAAAAGAAGGAAGGUCCUAGCCAUGCCCUCACACCGGGGGCCCAAGAUCAGGAAACGGGAUAAGGGCAAACGGCCGAUGGCGGAGCCCAAGAAGCUGAAGAAUCACCCCAAGCGGAAUGAGCGAGCACCUUUCCUCCGCAUGGAGAAGGAGAGUCAGUCCAGGAGUCAGGCUACAAAGCGGAGGGAUAGAGACCAUGACGGUUUCGAGAGCCUGGUGGAGCAGUACAAGAAGAAGCUGUUGGGAAAUUCCACAGUGUUUCCAACUAAGAAAACCAAAUGGUUCAGUGGGUGAAGUGCCCUACCCCCCCCCCCCCCGCCACGACCUGGUAUCAGGUACACGGGACGUUAAGAUCUACGAUGAAAGGAUAGCGAAAGUACACCUGUUCGUGGAAAUGUUCAGCUACACUAGGCAGCCUGGAAUCACUCCGGGAGAAGGAAGAACAUUCGGGAGAGUUGACAGUUGGGGCGGCUCACAUCUUUCUUAUUCAAGGAGUUUUUGAUCAUUAUCUUUUCUCUGCAUGGUGUGUACUGUGUGCUGUAUGCGAAUCCUUUUACAAACUGAUGUCUGAGCUUUUUAUUGCAUUUGACAAAAAAGUAUAUACAUAUGUUUUAACCAAUUGCUGGGCUCGUUAAUUUGACUACAGAAAAAAUGUAUGGUUCUAUUUCCAAUGUAGGUGUGACAGUUUUAGAUUUUUGAUUGUUUUGAAAGUUUUUGUGUCAUAUUUGAAGUAUCUUAAGUUGACUAACAUUUAUUGUACAGUAUACAUCAAAAACCAUGAAAAUGAAUAUUCAGAAUCUCCGUAGUGUUUCACAUUCAAAAAAAUGUUUUUUUGUUGUUGCUUUUUGAUCUCACACCCUGCAGCGGGACGCCAGGUCAUUUUGGGCUCCCUCUCUCACAGAAAUGAAUAAAAGUAUUCCAUAUUUGCAUUUGCUGCAAUGUGAACUCUUCCCCUUCAGUAACAGAAAGGACUGUGUUAAUGUGCUAUAUGGACAAAUGUAUUGGGACACUUGGCCAUUACACCUACAGGAACUUUCAUGACGUCCCAUUCUAACUCCAUAGCCAUCAUUAUGGAGCUGGUCCCCCCUUUGCAGCUGUAACAGCUGCCACUCUUCUGGGGAGGCUUUCCACAAGAGUGGAGUGUACCUGUGGGGAUUUUUGUCGUUUCAUCCAUAAAAGCAUUUGUGAUGUUGGACAUGAAGGCCUGACUCAUGAUCACUGUUCUAGUUCAUCCCAAAAGUAUUUGGUAUGGUUGAGGUCAGGGCUCUGUGUGGUCUGUCAAGUUCUUCCACACCAAACUCAUCCAGCCAUGUCCUUUGUGCAUUGGGGCACAGUCCUGCUGGAACAGAAAAGGAACUUCCCCAAACUGUUCCCAUUAAGCUGGAAGCAUAGAAUUUUCCAAAAUGUCUUGGUAUGUGUAUCAUUCCUGUGGGUGCAAAGCUCAAGUGUCCCAGGACUUUGUGCAUAUAGUGUAUGUUGCAAUUUUAUUGGCUAGCUCUCAAGGUUGGAUUUUUAAUAGCCCUUAUCUGCUCUGUUAAUCCAUAGCCCCCUGUAGGAAAACUGGUAUUACCCAGGGUGGGGCUAUAGUGUCAGAUCUACCCUGCUGAGGCAGGCAGUCUUUGUGUGUAAGACGCCUUGCAGCAGCUAUCUCCACCUUGGAGAUGUUCCUCAUCUUUAACUCGAGCCAUGGAAAGAGGGCACAUUCUGAAGGCUGCGGAGACUUCAGCUCAGGAGAUGUAAGGAGGGCAGAGUGGUCUGUCUGUAGUUCAGUGGGUUAGUAAUCUGUGUCCAUAAGGUUUGUGGGUUUGAAUCAAGUGGUCGGUACAGUAAUCAUAUCACUGUUGGGCACACAAAGCCAGUUUUACUUCGGUUCAGAAAUGUUUAAUGGGCUCUUAGAAUAGUCUGACGUGCAAACUCAAGAUUUCAUAGUAACUUGAUUAUGUGAUGUAAAUUAUAAGUCAAAGGGUUAUAAUUUAGUCAUUUGUCAGCAGUAACAAAUUUUUUGAAUUUCCUAAUCUCAUUUUGUCUGUUCACCCUUAAUUAAAAUUGUUAUACAUUUAUAUUUGCAGGGUCAAAUGAGCAUGAUUUUACUCGUCCCUCUAUAAUUAAUGUGUGAAUGUCUUUGACUCAGGGUAGAAUUAGGUCACGAUACCUAGACUGUACUUUUCCGGGUAUGAGCUAGAAACCAAGACGAAGGGAAAAGUGUUUCAAUAGUUAUGUAAUUAUAUCUCGAGUCAGCGGCACAGACUACAACCGUUUUUACUGAAUUAUGAUCUCUAGAAGUAAUAAUGAACCUGAUUAAAUCCACAAACACAUUGUUCAGUUAAA